GCUCUAAAUUAACCUAACCCAGAGAGAGAGAGAGAGAGAGAGAGAGAGAGAGAAAGAGAGAGAGAGAGAGAGCGAGAGGUUGAAGAUGGUUCAGAGGCUCACAUACCGUACGCGCCACAGCUAUGCAACCAAGUCGAACCAGCAUCGGAUCGUCAAAACCCCUGGCGGAAAGCUCGUGUAUCAGACCUCUAAGAAGAGAGCAAGUGGACCCAAAUGUCCUGUUACUGGAAAGAGAAUCCAAGGGAUUCCUCACUUGAGACCCGCUGAAUAUAAGAGGUCUAGACUAUCAAGGAACAGGAGGACUGUGAAUCGUGCCUACGGAGGUGUGCUGUCCGGUGGAGCUGUCAGAGAGAGGAUCAUCCGAGCCUUUUUGGUGGAGGAGCAGAAGAUCGUGAAGAAGGUUUUGAAGAUUCAGAAGGCAAAAGAAAAGCAGGCUUCAAAAAGCAAAUAGAAAGCGAACAAUUUUUGUGAUAUGCAAGUGAGAAAUUUUGACUACUACUAUGAGAUGAUAAAAAUUAUUGGAACCAAAUUUGUUGUCAUCAGUUUCUUUGAUUCAGUAUUACACACAACGUAUUAAUUUCGGA